AUGCUGGAGUAUGGCUUCGACAAUGGCGAAAUUAGCGGCUUCCAAGCCAUGACUGGCUUCCUACAAGUCUUCGGCUACGAGGAUCCAGCUGUGCCCAGUGGUUGGAACAUUGCGGCCGGUCCUCAACAAAUUAUCUCGUCAUUCUUGCUUCUUGGCUCCUUCAUUUCAUCCUUACUGGCAGGUGUAUUCAGUCGCUAUCUUGGGCGUCGACACUGCGUGAUGCUCGGAAUGGUUAUCUUGAUUAUAGGAGUCACUGUGCAGAUCGUGACGACCAGCUUGGGCCUUCUUUACUUCGGUCGGUUGGUGACUGGCCUCGCCAACGGACUAAUCAUGAACUUCACAUUCAUGUACAUUGCUGAAAUGUCUCCUGCUCACCUGCGAGGCGUUGCCUAUGCCCUCGCAGCUGGUUGGGUGACUUUAGGCAGCGGUAUCGGAGCCGUCAUUAUUAACAAGACAUCGACAAUGAUGAACCGUCUCUCUUAUCAGAUUCCGCUCUAUACUCUCUAUUUUCUCCCUGUAGUGAUGCUCGUGGGUCUAUUUUUCCUGCCAGAAUCACCUCGCUGGCUCCUACUACAUGGUAGAACCGACGAGGCAUUGAAGUCUCUCACUUGGAUCCGCGCAGAUGCCUGUGAUCGGUUUGAGGUGCUCAAGGAAUUCGAAGAAAUGAGACUCAAUGUUGAGCGGGAAUUAGGCAGCGAUACCAAGGCGGUCUUCUUCCAACAAUUUAGCAAGCGCCAUCUCCGCCGCACCCUUAUCAGUAUCGGAAUUGGCUGUGUGAACCCGGCAGUCGGUGGCAUGUUUGUCAUGGCGUUUACGACUUAUUUCAUGAAAACUGUUGGUGUUGAGGACCCCUUCAAAUGGAGUAUCGUAGGACAGUGGGUCGGAUACUUCGGCCAACUCAUCUCAUACCCAUUCAUCGCCAUUCUGGGAAGAAGAACUAUGCUUCUCAUUGGAGUCGGCACCUGCAGUGUAUCUAUGCUGGUGCUCGGAGUCGUAUUCCAAGUUUCGGCCAGCCAGUCUGUUCGCGCCGGUUGUGUCAUCUUUUUCAACACCUUCUACCACUUUGGCUUCAAUUUCGGUGUAGUUGGUCUAGUAUACAUGGUAUCGGGUGAAAUUCCGGCACAAAAUCUUCGAGCUUGUACAGCUGGCCUGUCUAUUGGAAUUGGGUUUAUCUUUGCAUGGUUGACCGCAUUUACGGCUCCCUACUUCAUCAAUCCCGCAGAGUUGAACUGGGGUGGCAAUUAUGGUAUGUUUCUGGUUACCACAGCUUCCCCGCGUGAAGAGCAAAUAUUAACAGUAUUCAAAGGAUUUAUCUGGUUUGGCUCCAGUAUUGCUACAAUCCUGUUCAUCUAUUUCUUCGUCCCUGAAGUCCGGGGUAGAUCACUUGAAGAGAUCGAGGAGAUGUUUGAUAAAAAUGUCCCGGCCCGAAAGUUCCAGACUUAUGUCUGCGAGAGCGUGGAGCUGGCAAACAUGGAAGCGUCUAAAGAUUUGGAUCAUGAGGAAGCAAAGGAAGGACAGAUUGAGCACAUUGAGGUCGCUUCUCGCACUUGA